ACUUGCGACUGACUUAAAUUUACAUUACACUCUCGUCUCUCUCUCACACACUCACACUCUCAACUGUGUGUUUAACAGCAAAGCCCCCCUAACUCACAAACAAAAUUUAUAUCCUCUCUCUAAUCACUGUCUUAAAUCUCUCCCACUCUCUCUCCCUCAAAAAGCCACAUUCUAGAGAGAGAAACUCAAAUAUCUCGGCAACAAUACGCAGAUUUGAACAUUUUAGAGAGAGAGAGAGUGAAGUUUAUUCGAUUGAAUUGAGUUAAAACGCUAGGUAUAGAUAUAUAUUUGUUUGUUUGUGUACUUUUGAUGAGAGUUUGAGAGUCAGAUCCGAAAUGGAGGAUCUGUACGGCGAUGAAGGCGGAUUGACGGUGGCGCGUGAGAUGUCGGCUGGAGAGAGUGGCGGAAAUGCACGGUUUCCGGCGAGUGAGGUGACGCCGGCGCCGUUGACGGUGUCGGCGUCGUUUAGAGAAGGACGAAGUAGUUCUAGGAGGAGAGCGCCGGCGAGACCGCCGAGUUUGGAUGCGGAUGAUUUUAUGAGUUUGAUGCACGGCUCGGAUCCGGUGAAAGUGGAGCUCAAUAGGCUUGAGAAUGAAGUUAGAGAUAAGGAUCGAGAAUUAAGCGAAGCACAAGCGGAGAUCAAGGCGCUUAAGCUCUCCGAAAGGCUCCGUGAAAAAGCUGUGGAAGAGCUAACUGAAGAACUGGAGAAGGUGGAUGAGAAGCUCAAGCUUACUGAAUCUCUUCUCGAAAGCAAAAAUCUUGAGAUCAAGAAAAUUAAUGAUGAGAAGAAGGCCUCUAUGGCUGCUCAGUUUGCUGCGGAAGCCACUCUUCGAAGAGUUCAUGCUGCUCAAAAAGAUGACGAUAUGCCUCCAAUAGAAGCUAUUCUUGCACCCUUGGAAGCAGAGCUCAAGCUGGCCCGUCAGGAGAUUGCAAAGCUCCAAGAUGACAAUAAAGCUCUAGAUCGCCUUACUAAAUCAAAAGAGGCUGCUUUACUUGAAGCUGAGAGGACUGUGCAGGUUGCCUUGGCAAAAGCUUCUAUGGUAGAUGAUCUUCAAAAUAAGAACCAAGAAUUGAUGAAGCAGAUAGAGAUAUGCCAGGAAGAGAAUAAAAUUUUGGAUAAAAUGCACCGCCAGAAAGUUGCUGAAGUUGAAAAGCUCACGCAGACAGUACAUGAGCUUGAAGAAGCUGUUCUUGCUGGUGGUGCUACUGCAAACGUUGUGAGGGAUUACCAAAGAAAAGUUCAAGAGAUGAAUGAAGAAAGAAAAACUCUCGACAGAGAGCUGGCACGUGCAAAAGUAACCGCAAACAGGGUCGCAGUGGUUGUAGCUAAUGAAUGGAAAGAUGCCAAUGACAAAGUAAUGCCUGUAAAACAAUGGCUUGAAGAAAGAAGAUUCCUGCAGGGGGAGAUGCAGCAAUUAAGAGACAAGCUUGUUAUAACUGAGCGAGCUGCAAGAUCUGAAGCCCAGUUAAAGGAAAAAUUUCAACUGCGUUUGAAAGUACUAGAGGAGACUUUAAGAUCACCAAAUGCAAUCAGCCGCAACACAUCAGAUGGAAGAAGUGCGAGUAAUGGUCGUCGACAAUCACUUGGAGGAGUUGAUAACAUCUCUAAAUUAACCUCAAAUGGAUUUUUACCUAGAAGAUCACCUUCAUUUCAGCUACGAUCAUCCGGAACAAGCACAGUGUUAAAGCAUGCUAAAGGAACAUCUAAGUCAUUUGACGGGGGUACACGCUCAUUGGACAGGGGCAAAAUUCUUUUAAAUGGAUCUGGUCCAAGUUUUAAUUAUCGCGAUUCUUGUGAAGAAGCCAAGGCGAGUGAGACAUGCAAUAGUAAUUGGAAAGCAGAGCCAGAUGAAAAACCGAUCGACUUCACAGCACCGGAGAAAGAGGAUACCGUGCCAGGAUUGUUGCAUGACUUACUACAGAAAGAGGUUAUUGCUCUGAGGAAAGCUGGACAUGAAAAGGAUCAAAGCCUUAAAGAUAAAGAUGAUGCUAUUGAGAUGCUAGCAAAAAAAGUUGAUACCUUAACCAAGGCAAUGGAGGUCGAGGCCAAGAAGAUGAGAAGGGAGGUAGCUGCCAUGGAGAAGGAGGUAGCUUCUAUGCGUGUUGACAAAGAACAUGAAAAUAGGGCCAAACGCUUUGGAGGAGGUUCAAGGGGUCCUGCAAAUAGUUCUCAGAUGCUUCCUGCUAGGACUGGAGCACGAGGGGUAACACGCAGCACCCAAUAACAAGAAAUCCCAAGUGCAGCAAGGAGUAAUUAUUCAUAGCUUUCUCUUGGGUCAUCAGUCCACUUCAUGAUUUCCUAUUUUUACCUUGCGGCUGAUUAUAGUUGUGACUUGGCAUAUUAUUGUCCUGUUUAGCUCCAGCAUGGAGGAAUCGAGUAUCAGGUGAACUGGAGAUGAAGGCAGAGAAUGAGUUUGGUAUAUGCUUCUGACGUAGACAUCACCAUCUACAUAAUCAGUAAAGAGAAAAUAGUAGGAUAUGGAAUUCAACUAACCCUUUGUCAGAAUUUAUAUGAGUGGAAAUAUUUGUGUUUGUAUAGGUAACUUAUUAGUCUUCCAGUUAUUUUGCCUCCUGUAUGUGUGCUUGCAGUCUAUAUUUGUAAUCUGCAGCUAGUGAUUUUAAUUUGGUUCGUGUUUGUCAAUAUUCUUGUGAUAAGAUUAGUAUUUUCAA